AUGGAGGAAGAAAAACACGCAAAAGUUGUUCCGUCAAUGGUACCAACGGUUGUGAGCGGAUUAUUUGACAAUUCUGAUGGAUUUACUGAUAAUUCGGAGUCAGAUGAAAACACUGACUAUUCAACGUCAAAUAAUGUUGGACAUUGCAGCACAAUAAACGCAAACGACAUUAGAUCUGAUGCAAGUUCUGUGAAAAGUGUCGAGAAAUACGCAAUUGUGAAUUCUAAUGGUGCAUGUGGAUAUACAAAUACACGUUAUAACUCUGACGUCAUUGUGUCAGAUUACGGCAAUGAUGACGUCGAUGACGUCUCGCGACGCGAGCUUCUAGAAAACGGAUUAAUGCCGUUUAUAAAAGAGGAACUGAAAUAUUCCAUUCAGACGAAACGGUUGAAGGAGGGAAAGCAGGAAUUGAAAGUGGAAUUUAGCCCUCCCUCGGAAGAUGUGCUUACACCGGAAGAGGAAGAGCGGGUGGUAAAACGGCGCGUGCAGAACAGAAUGGCCGCGCGCCGCUUCCGGGACAAACAAAAAGACAGAGCCCACACUUUGCAAAAGGAGUGUCAUCGACUAGAAAGCAUUCAGACAGAGUUGAGGUACGAACUGGCGCAGGUACGAAAGGAAAGGGACGAAUACCGCCAUGCGUUUGAUCAACACAAGGCCGUCUGCCCGCUACAGUUUCCCGCGCUUUUCAUCGCGUCAAAUUCGAACUCUUGACAACAUGUGAACACUGAA